UCUGAUUUUCAAAAGCCCAAAACUCUAUUCCUUGCCGGCUCAUCCGCUCUCACUCACUGAGUUUAGCUAGGGUUUAUAGAAAGCAUUUGAAGCCCCUUCUCUGGACUGUGCUCCAAUGGCGAAACCUGGUCGCGGUCGCGGUCGCCAGGCGUCUCGGUCUGGCUCUGACUCUCGCUCCUCAUCCCGCUCUCGCUCGGUUUCCUCCUCGGGAUCGGGCUCGCGCUCGCGCUCGCGCUCAAGCUCAAGCUCGCGGUCAAGGUCCUCUUCCACUUCUCGCUCCAUCUCAAGAUCCUUCUCAUCUUCCUCUCGUACCAGUAGCUCCCGCAGCCCUAGCCCUGCUCCUCGGAGAAAGAGCCCUGCUGAAGGAGUUAAACGAGGCCGUUCCCCUCGACCACAAACUAAGAGAACCUCCCCUCCUCCACGCUUCUCCUAUUCCUGAAUCUCUUGUGCUUCACGUUGAUCAGCUUAGCAGGAAUGUGAAUGAGGGCCAUUUGAAAGAAAUAUUUGGUAAUUUUGGUGAAGUGUUGAAUGUACGACUAGCAAUUGACCAUGUUGUCAACCUUCCUAAAGGAUUUGCGUACGUGGAGUUCAGAAAUAGAGCCGAGGCUGAAAAAGCCCAGCUAUACAUGGAUGGUGCUCAAAUCGAUGGCAAAGUCGUGCGGGCCAAGUUCACCUUACCUGAAAGAAAGAAGAUUCCUUCUCCCUCUAAGGCCGUUGCCACCACAUCAAGGAGAGAUGGACCAAAAUCUGAAGACGCUGCUGCUGCAGAUGGCGAGAAAGAUGGGGCGCCAAAGCGGCCCAGAGAAGCAUCCCCUCGAAGGAAACCUCCCUCCCCACCUCGAAGGAGAUCUCCCAUAGCACGAAGAGGAUCUCCCAGGCGGGGCCCACCAGAUUCUCCCCCACCUCGUAGGCGUCAGGAUUCUCCUCCUCGCCGGAGGCCCGAUUCUCCUUACAGAAGAGGUGGUUCCCCACCUCCAAGGCGAAGGCCGGGAUCACCUGCUGCCAGAGGCCGUUCGCCAUCUUCUCCUCCGAGGCGUUUCCGUUCGCCCGCAAGGUUCGAUUUUCGUAUUGUGCUUCAAAUUGCUGGGAUCUCCAAGAAGGAUGCGCGGAGGAAGUCCUGUUCGCCGGCGAUCUCCUCCACCAAGACGAAGGUCCCCAAGACGUGCUCGAAGUCCUCCACGAAGGUCUCCUAUUGGUCGCCGACCACGCAGUCGCUCCCCUGUGAGGAGGCCACCUCGUUCUCCAUCACGAUCCCCCUCUCCAAGGAGACUCAUGUUAUCCUGUGUGCAGAGGCCGGGGCCCACCACCUAGACGUGGUAGACAAUCUUAUUCUUCAUCACCUAGCCCACGCAGGGGACCUCGCAGGGUAUCAAGGAGCCGUAGUCCUAGGAGGCCCGUCAGAGGUAGAAGUCCUAGCAGCAGCAGGAGCAGGAGCAGGAGCAGCAGCAGGAGCACGAGCAGCUCACCCCCUCCAGCCCGUAAGCCUUAAAUCAGUAGACGAGUUAAAAGCCUGAGAGAAUAGUGUGUCGUGAUGUGUUUGGGUGAGGCUCAGCUCAGUUAACUGGCUGGUUUUAGAAUCUAUUGCAACCUAUAUUUUGGAUUUUAUCUUUUUUAUAGCGUGCAUUUUGUUUACUGAUAAAGGAUGUGCGUGUAUCAAAUUGCUUGCUUGCUUGACGAAACUUUGAUGCCUUAACUAUGUUGUAACGAAAACGUGGCAGUCUUUUUUGUACAUUUGUCGUGUGAAAUACUUGAAUCCUGACUUUCUGAAAUUUUCUAGUGGAAUGAGACCAUAAUAAUAUUUAGAUUCAUUUA